AUGGCUAAAAAACAAAACGCACAUUCAUCAAAUGUUAUUACUAUACGUUCACAGCCUAUUUCGUCUCCACCAUGCAGUAAAUGGAAAAUUAUCAUUAUCCUCUGCAAAAUAUUUUUGUUCAUAACCCUUUCUCAUGUAUCAUACCCCUUCCACAAGGAAACGAAAGUUCGUUUUUCAGUGUCCCUGUGCCCUUAUCGUCUCAACCCAAACGGGGGCCGCUUCUUCAAGAUCCAUCUACAACCUUCAAUCCACCAACAAGCAGUAUAUCGAGUUCAUUUACAUAAAGUGUGUUUAUUAGGUCCUUCAAAUGAUAUCAUACAAACGUCAUUAUGUGAAGUAAAUUUGGAUGAUGUCCCGAUGGAAAUUGUUACUUCCGAGGAAGACUCGGGAUCAGAAUAUGCUGAUGCUUUCCUCUCCGCAUACACAGAGUCCGAGGAUCCAGUUGUUCAGAACUGCUCAGCAGAAUUAGAUGAAAUUGAACUCAGAAGUCGUGCACUAAGGAGUAUGCUGCUCCAGAAAAAAACCGCUUCAGGGAAUAGAACUCAACCGAAAACUGAUCUCACACUGCUCCAUAACUUACCUGAAGUCAGGAAUUCGUUUUCAAAAGUCAAGGCAUCAUGUGAUUCAUCAACUCUAAAACAUAAGCAGAAAUUUAUAAUUACGUUACAUGAAUCAUCAGAUAGCGAUGACUCACUUAGUCAACCUGUUGGUGCUGUUUUCAAGGGUUCAACAGCAAAAAGAUGCGCUUCUAAGCCUCCUAUUAACAUGGAUGUUCCUAAUCAGUCAGAGAAAAUCAGUCGUUUUCAUCAAGAAGAAAAAAUGUUGUUGCAAAGAAAAAUGGAGCUUCUCCGACUGAAACUAACUGUUAAACGUCAACAACACUUGAUAGAUGAACGACGUAAAAUCGUUCGGAAGUUAUCGACCACGUUAUCAGAACUUCGUAGGCGCAGUAAGCAUACAGCUUUGUUGUAUAAAGAAGCUAGUAAGUCUCUUGUCAAGGCCCAACGUACAAAUGCUACUUAUCAGCGAAAACUGGCUUCAGCCCAAAAAUUAUAUUCAGAUGUGCUUAAUUCUGUAAACCGUUCCACUGCGGACAUAAUACAAACAGGUUUUGCUUUAUCAUCUGUAAAUCUACGCAGAGAUCUUAUUAUUUUGUCUCUAGAUGUUCUACAAAGAGCGAAAGUGGUUACGUGGUUUCUUGUUCACUAUCAUUUUAACCCAACUACAUCAAAGUUUAACAUGAAAAGUGUGAAGCCGGUGGCAACAGUAAAACCAAGUUCAGAAACCUUGCUGGAAUUCGAUCCAUUCCGCCCGAUUUGCCCAUUUUUUCUCGAUGGUGAAUGUCUAGACAAAACAUGUAUAUUUCAGCAUCCCAAAAAUUCAACUGUUAUAAAAGCAAAAUCGAAAACUUUUUCCCCUUUAUUCAUGGUUAGCACGGAUGUUGUGUCUCUGCUUGGUGAGGGAAAUAAAGGGAGAUAUGAUGACGUGUAUUGUGAAGUCUGCAAAGAAAAUUUGGUCAUGUCUGCAUCAGAUUUCUCUCAGUCAUCAGCAAUACAACGUUGGCAUACAGCUUAUCUUGGAUAUUUACGUUCAGAACCAAAAAGCUCGGCCUUCCUUCAUAAAUUCUCAAGCGACCUCGAAAAUUCCUCAUUCCCUGCAGAUUUAUGUGCCCAUCUAGUAUUCGGACUUUUGUUAUGUUCUAAUAUAGAUCCAAUAACAGUUAAGCAAAAGCUUUUUGAUUGCCUAAAAGCCUCCAGUUUUCCAUUGAAUGCUUGUAGAUUAGCAUUACGACAUCCCAAUUUAAGCAUACCAAUCCGCAGAUCAAUAAUUAAAUUGUCUCUUGAAUAUAUAACUCUUCAAUUCCAGCAAGAUGCACAAGCAAGUCAAGAAUCAAAGUUUGAGUCAUCUUUCGCGUACUUCGUUUAUCAGUGGUGUUUGCUUGAACAAGAACUUGGUUUACAUAACAAGGUAAUUACCAUCCUAAAACAUACUCUCAAAUCAUUACCUACGGAGAACAAGCUAAUUUAUUUCUUGUGGUGGUUACGAUUAUAUCACCAACUAAAUGGUACUUUACCCCAUGAAAACCUAUUUUCUACCGCCAAUUCACCAUGCUUCUCCAAACCAGUCCUCUUAUCUAACCUGGAAAUUAUUGAAAUGGCAGCCACUGAAACUGGUAUUUCUAAAAAUUUAUCUCAAUUACUGGAAUCAUUUGAAACAAUUAAAAAUGAUAUUAGCUUCACUUGCUUUCUGUAUAUCACUCAUUUAUACAUUCAAACUCUUAAUGCAGAUUCCAAAUUUAAAAGUGCAGCAGAUAUAGCACUGACAGUAGCAUUACAUUCCCCUGAGUUUGUAGAUGAUUUAUUUUUCCCAUCUGCAGUAUAUUCUUUAUUUUCCUUAGAUUCAUCUCUUGACUGGACAAGCUUGAUUAGUAAUGUGUCUGACAAAUUACGAGUCAACCUUAAUUUAGCCCAUCGAAUUGAAUUUGGAUUCUUGAUAACAUGUUUAAAUUGGCGUAGAAAAACAUUAAAUUCUACGGAGUUUCAUCUUAUUGAGUGUUUAGGCAAUUUAAUCUUUCUUCCAAAAGAUGAUUGCGAAAGUGUUAUUUCAGCGUAUGAAAAUUUGUUGAAUAUAAAGUCCAGUAAUAGCAGUCUUGUUAACUUUAAAGUGUGUCCACGAAGUUCCACAUAUUUAUGGCUCAGUUAUUGUCUGUAUACCACUAUCCAUUGCCUAAAUUACGGUGAAGUUUUAGACCACUUAAUUAGUCACUAUAAGUCAUGCAUCAUGAGUUGUGCAAACGAAGAUCCAAAUUAUGUUUUCAUUCGUCUUUUAGCCCUAAUGAGUCUAUUAUUAGCAAGUCAUGUAAAUCAGUUAGAUAGUUCAACUUAUCCUACUGUCAUAAAGUUACUGUUCAUCGAUAACCCUUUCAAGUUGGAUCGUAAGUUACUUCCAGCGUACUUUCUUGAGUUGAUUCAACAAAUUAACUUAGGUCUUCUUCCUUCUGGAAUUCGUCACGAUAUAUGUGUACAGCUUGUUGAAAUAUAUGGUGCUUCUCUGGUUCCCUCUUUGUGUCGGACUUUGUGUGCUCUAGGUGACCACUUUUUAGCUCAAAGUCUGUGUGCAAUCGGAUGUUUAGAUAGACCUGAUAAUGAAGACUUCUGGCUUUUGUAUGCUUCGACAACAUUUAAAACUCUUUCACAUAUACGGUCAUCUGAACAGUUAUCAACUCUUCUAGAAAUUCUAAUAAAUGCAACUUCUGCGGUAACUUCAAGUUCUCGACUUUGGAAAUAUUAUGCACUUGCUGUUCGCAUUGCCAAGGUAUCAGUAGAGCAAAUAACGAGCCGUGCAAAGUCUGUUGGAAUGUAUGAUCUCAUUUCUAGUAGUCUGAACGAUGACAAUCCUACGAAAUUUUUAUCAGAACUUGGACUCCUCUGUGAUGAAAGAUCUAUGGACAGAAAAUGUUAG